AUGCCCUGCUUCAAAGGUCUCGCUGUGAGCAUACACACUCCCAAUGGGCCUUUGCCAGAAUACUCUGUCCAGAGAACCUCUCGUCUCUCCAGAAUCAGUGCCUACAUCCCCGUGCCGCCUGCGCAGAUCCCUGCCGACUCCCUGACGGGAAAACCCGAACAAUCGACCUUUGCCAUCUCCAUCACCCUUCUCACCCCUGGCCAGGAAGUGCCUUAUUCCACGCCAAAGGCUACACCAGAUAAUCCUCAUCCCAAACCCAAACUCGUCGGCGGUCUUCCAGGUCACACAAGCGAACGAGGAAAAUACACAAGCUCUGUUGGACCUUACGUCCCCCUGACAACCUCGCCGAACGAAACAAUCGCCGCUUACAUCUACUUUGAUGGGCGAGCCAAAGAGGAGGUUGCCACACUGCUCAGAAAGGGUGAAGAGACCUGGGUGAAUUCUCGGUGGGUAAGUGUCCCUGAGAAAGAAGGAGGAGGUCUUGCAGAACGAGAGUUCUUGUUUCGUGAAGUCGGACUCGAGCGUUGGUUGAAUGGUCUAGAUCUGGACGGAAAAGAUGCCGCAGCAACUAUCGAGAGACGCAGACAGAAACUGGAGAAGCGACGACAAAAGCGGAAGGGGACAAUCGGGAGUGACGAUGACACCAAUGGAAUCUCGAAGAAGGAUAGAAGAAAGAACACCAUGCGUUACGGCGAGGAUGGCGAAUUGAAGGACGUUUCGGAUGAGGGCUCUGCUAGCGACAGCGGUUCCUCGGAAGAAGAUGAUGAUGAUCCGAUACCAGAAGCAGCAGGGCAGAUCAAGGUUGCCUUGUUCCGGGUACUGGCUUCGGGCGAGAUCAAGCGCGGAGAAUAUUCACCUCAAUUUGACGCGCACGAUGAUUCGGAAGGUUCAGACACUGGAGAAGGGGCCGCUAAGGGAGACGGCAAGAAUCGAGCGGAUGUUGACCACACCACCAGUUUCGCCAAACCCAAGACCUUGGAUCCCAAAACCAUCUCCACACAGACGGUGACUGGCAUUGACCCUACCGACAAACCGUAUGCGGUCUUCACGUUUCUGUAUAGGGGAGAACGCCAGUUGCAAAAGAUGGGCAUUCUUUCUGGACCCAAAUCCGACAAGGCAUCGGUCAGCACGAAGAGACGGAGCAUAGUGGCAGAGAUCCCCAAGCUUGGACCUCUGAAGAAAGAAGGAACUGCCGGCUUUUCCAACUUUCGUGACUCCGAACGUCGACGAAGCCGAAAAGGCAAAGGAUCAAGUGACGAUGAGAUGGAGAGUGAUAGUGACGAUGAUGGUGCCGGCAUUAUUGGCAAGAUGGAGGAUAUCAACGAUGAGGAUGCAAAGAAAGACCCGAGCAUGCUUACGCCUGAAGAUGCUGAGCGAACGGGCCAGGUUGCAGAGGGCAUCCGUAAAAUGAAGGUAAGAGACCCUUCGCCGUUGAAGUUCCGGCAUGGGCUAAGGUAUCAUCAGCUCAAGCGACAGCAUUCGGCGGAACCGCUGAAUAGCAAUGGUAUAACGGAACCUCGCAAGAGCUCGAAAUCCGGUAGUCCUUCGGGUAAUUCGACGCCCAAAGCUAGUGCUGUCGAGCUUGGCACGUCGCCGGCAGGCACAAGUAUGGGGCCGACGGGCUUAAGCAGCAGCAUAGAGGUCACCAAGGACGAUGAGAGUUUCAUGGUCGGCAGCCCUAUGAAACGACAGCGGGCCAGUAUCGCGGAUUUUGACGACGACAUCAAAAAGCGGUUAGGCGGCAGCUUAUCCACGUCUUCGGGCACCAUUGGCGAGGUCCUGGGGACUUCGGGGCUGUCUCAAUCGACUGCAACUAGCUCAAAUCCGUCUGGCCUUCAAUUCGGAGGCCCGCUUAUCAAAGAGCCGGCCGCGGGCGACGACGAAGAGCUCUGA